AUGUGCCUUUUGGGAUCGUCAAGAAAAGCUGUGCUCGAUAAAUACGUAAACAUCAUCAAAGCGCUGUACGCGCAUACUUCGAGCAGAAUGAAGGUUUAUGGCAAACUGUCGCCGCCCUUCAAUAUCUCCAGCCGUGUGAGACUAGUUUUUCUGCUGUCACCGUUCCCAUUUAACUUCGCUAUUGAUGAAGUCAUGGAAACAGCGUUCGCCGUACACGACCGAGGUGUGGAGCUACUUCCUGGUGAGCGACUUUUUGACUUGGAAUAUGCUGACGAUAUUGCCCUAAUCUGUGACAGUUCCCAAACCUGCCAAACAGCACUUGACCGAUUAGCACUGGCGGUCAAUCGUUUUGGUCUAUGCUUUGCUCCAUCGAAAUACAAAGUACUUCUCCAAGAUUGGCAGGAACCCACGCCUGCACUGAACCUUGGUGGCGAUCAACUAAAGUUGCUCAAAAACUUAAGUACAUAGGCAACUAUAUUAGCGCCCUUGGGAUGGAACAUGAGAUUACGAACCGUAUAGCAAAAUCUUUAGGUGCUUUUGCCAUUCUCCGCCACCUGUGGCGCAGAUGCGACACCACUCUCGCCAUAAAGGGCAGAGUUUAUAAUGCAGCCGUCCGUUCAACCCUCUUAUACAUUGUAAAACCUGGCCCCCUCAAGUCGACAGACAUAAAGUGGCUAGUCGCGUUCGACUAUCGCGACCUUUCGUAGCUUAGUUCAUGUCUGGUGGGAGCACCGCGUGAGCAAUAAGCGUGUUUGGCGUCGCGUAUUUGGUGCAGGAAGAGCUAGUGAAUCGCCCAGCA